AAAUAAAUAAAGCGAAUUAAGCCAAGCAAAACAAAAACGAUGGAAAGCAUAGUAUAAUCUUCAGUGUCGGUAUCUAAAAAUAGCUCUUUUUAACUAUAUUUUGGUAUUAUAGCGUUUAACUAACAAAAAUGACCACGUAUUCAUCAACUGUAUGAAUUGUACCCAAAAAGGCAAACUCAUAUGUUGCGUUUAUUUCUGAUUAGUGAUUCCAAGGGUUGUUUCUCAAAGCUGUUAGACAUUAGUCUUCCAUCUGUAUAAGAUUGUGUAUCCUGAUUUGACGAUGCAUGUUCCAUACAUGAAGGUAGCGAUAUACGCACUAACAUUUUUGACCUAUGCAUAUAGCGGAUAUGGUUCAAAUAUGCUGGGUAGUUUACGAGACGCUCUCAUCGCCGCCGAGGCCGUUUUUGGAGAUGUACUCAAAAAUGUAGUACAUGUUGCGAGAAAGUUUAAGGUUAUUCACGAAGUGUUUGACGCGGCCGUAGAUGAAAAUUGCAUAUACAAAUGUCCUGGAGACAUUACACCAUCACGGAAUAAAUUCUAUGUUCCUCAAUCGGAUGGUUGUGGUUCGUUGGGAAUGAAAAUUGAUACCGAGUAUCUACCGGCUGUUGAGAUGGAACUUUGCUGCAACGUUCACGAUAUCUGCUACGAUACCUGCAAUAACGAUAAAGAAUUGUGCGAUCUGGAUUUCAAGCGAUGUCUGUAUAAAUAUUGCGAUGAGUACGAAAAAAAUGUCGUUGGUGAUCUAGUUGUGAAAGGUUGCAAAGCGGCAGCCAAAAUGCUAUUCACGGGUACCAUCACGCUCGGCUGUAAGUCUUAUUUGGAUUCUCAGGUACGAUCAUGCUACUGUCCUCCGGCAAAGACGGAAAAAGUCUACGAGAAAUCGGACAAAAGUUUCGAUAAAGCGUAUGAAAGAUCCGAUAAGGCUUAUGAUAAAUCCGAUAAGUAUAACGAUAAAGGUUACAAGGAUAAGGACAAAGGAAAAGAUAAGAACAAUGGAAAGUAUGGAUGGAGGCCCGAUCUGUAAAACUAAAACAGACAAGUGAUACUAUGGGAUCUAGUUUACAUAACAAAUCUCUGUAACGUGAUUACCAAGUCAAUAAAAUAGUAUUCAAAAACAUACAA